AUGUUUGAAGAACCAAUAAUUAAUGAAAAUAUAUUAUAUAGAAAUUUUGAAUUUGAUGAUUUAUACAAUAAAGACAAUAAUGAAAAACAUAGCUUUAGUGAAGAUAGUCCUGCGGAAGAUGAAAAUAAUACUACAGUCCAAUCUUCAUCUAUUACCUCAUAUUUUCCUCCAUGUGAGACUUCUACAAAAUUAGCAAGCCCUAGACCACAAGCAAAAAAAAAAAAGACUGAUAAGGGUGAUAGUAUAUUUGAACAAUGUAAAACAGUUUUCAAAUCUCGUACAUCAACUUCUAGUAUUGCAGCACAUCUUCGUACUAAAUAUAGGAUCUUUAAAAAUCAAAAAUGGAAAACACCAUCAACUACAUCUAUGAAUUCUGUACCAGUUUCUCAACCAACAAUUGAAUCUAUUAUCUAA